ACAGCCAGGCCGGAGCCAGGGGUGCCUCCACUCAUAUGGGCCUCGGCUAGAGGCGCUGCAGCCUCGCCCACCCCUGCCCCCGCCCCACCCCCAUUUCCCCAUCCCCGCUCCCCGGGAAGCCCCGAUGCUGGCCAAGAGGAAGCCGGUGCUGCCGGCGCUCAACAUCACCCCCACCAUCGCCGAGGGCCCGUCCCCGACCAGCGAGGGCGCGUCCGAGGCAAACUUGGCAGACCUGCAGAAAAAAUUAGAGGAGCUAGAACUUGAUGAGCAGCAAAAGAAGCGGCUGGAAGCUUUCCUCACCCAAAAGGCAAAAGUUGGGGAGCUGAAGGAUGAUGACUUUGAGAGAAUCUCUGAACUGGGAGCUGGCAAUGGUGGGGUGGUCACCAAAGUGCAACAUAGGCCCUCAGGCCUCAUCAUGGCCCGAAAGUUGAUUCACCUAGAGAUCAAACCAGCGAUCCGGAACCAGAUUAUCCGUGAACUCCAGGUCCUACAUGAAUGCAAUUCUCCGUACAUCGUGGGUUUCUAUGGUGCCUUUUAUAGUGAUGGAGAGAUUAGCAUCUGCAUGGAGCACAUGGAUGGAGGUUCUCUGGAUCAAGUAUUGAAAGAGGCCAAGAGAAUUCCUGAAGAAAUCUUGGGAAAGGUUAGCAUUGCGGUUCUUCGGGGUUUGGCUUAUCUAAGAGAGAAACACCAGAUUAUGCACAGAGAUGUGAAACCUUCUAACAUCUUGGUCAAUACCCGGGGAGAGAUCAAGCUUUGUGAUUUUGGGGUGAGCGGGCAACUCAUCGACUCGAUGGCAAAUUCCUUUGUAGGAACCCGAUCCUACAUGUCUCCGGAGCGAUUACAAGGCACCCACUACUCAGUCCAGUCAGAUAUUUGGAGCAUGGGCUUGUCCCUAGUAGAGCUGUCCAUUGGAAGGUACCCGAUUCCCCCACCAGACUCCAAGGAACUAGAAGCGAUAUUUGGUCGGCCCAUGGUCGAUGGGGCAGAGGGAGAACCUCACAGCAUCUCACCACGGCCACGACCCCCAGGACGUCCCAUCAGUGGUCAUGGGAUAGACAGUCGGCCUGCCAUGGCCAUCUUUGAGCUAUUGGAUUAUAUUGUUAAUGAGCCUCCACCUAAGCUGCCGAAUGGUGUUUUCACACAAGAUUUCCAGGAGUUUGUAAAUAAAUGCUUAAUUAAAAACCCAGCUGAGAGGGCCGAUCUGAAGAUGCUGAUGAAUCACACUUUUAUCAAACGGUCAGAAGUGGAAGAAGUGGAUUUUGCAGGCUGGUUAUGUAAAACUCUGAGGUUAAACCAGCCCAGCACUCCCACACGCACUGCCAUGUGAUGGUGAAGCAGGCAGUCCUGUGUCCAUCAUCUGUUUCCCUGUCCAUCACUGUUUUCUGCCCUUUGGGCUAAAGACAAUCUCCUCCUCAGUUCCUUUGCCCCUCCUCCCUCCUUGCCCACCCUUUUCUCCUCUUCCCACCUAGACCCUGACUUGGAUAACACCAUUGCGGGAAAUGUCUGUUGCCCCUUAUGAACAAGCCAAAACCAGCUUGCUUUAUUUUGUUAAUUCUCCUGCACGCCUACUCCAGUCCAGUGCAGCUCUUUCUCUGAUAUUCGGGAAUUGUGGUGCUCCUGUUGUUCACUUUGGGUUUUUUAAAAAGAAAAAAAAAAAAAAGGCAGGGGAACCAAAUUGUGCACAUCAUGCUUGUCCCCCUCCAUUGGGUGUUUGUCCUUCCUUUUAAUCCCCAGGUCUAGGGGCUUGCAGAAACCCACCUCUAGAAGUAGACCGCUGAGUGGUAGAGCCAGGCCGAACGAGGAGGAAGGGUUGAAUUCAAAGAUGAUUCUAGCUUUUUUUUUAAAGUAAAUAACCACAAAUCCUAGGUGUUGGCUUGUUGAGCAGGCCAAAGAAAGGGCAGUGCCUGUUGGUUUUCAGUGGUCACCUAGCUUUGUCUCUGUACUACUAUCCUGUGGUGGUUUUGAUCAUGUUAGAAGAUGUCAGAAUCAGUGAAAAUUAUUUUUUAAGUUAGAGAAACAGAAGAACCCUAUUCUCUCCCUUCCCCCCCAGAUCCUCCCUUUCUUGUUAUUCAGGGCCUAGCAACAAAGGUCUUUCUGAGAACGAUGGCCACUAAACUUAAGCAGUUUGAUAUUAGAUGGCUGCUUUGUCCUGCCUCUGACCCCAUAAGGGAAAAAGUUUCAACUUGUACUGCCCUUGGAUGAGUUUAUAUUUCACUUCCCAGAUGGGAAGUGUCAAUGUGAUUUAAAAAAAAAAAAACCUCUAUAGUAAAUAAAAAUGAUCCAAGAUUUUAAUAGAUGUUCAGGAGCAGGUCUGGCUCUUUGGCCUUUCUCAGCCUACGCUGAUCCUGCUUUACUUGCCCAGGGUGCACACAAGAACCUCAAAUCAUUCACCCUCAGCCAGAAAGGAUUUAGAUCUGCUCUAACUUGGGGCCCAAUAUGCCCUUCUUUACCCUGGCAAAACUGGUUUUAUCUGUCCAUAGUACUUAGCUUAAAUCUUACUUAGCUUCAGAAGCGUGAGGCCUAGUCUCCCCAAUACAAUGAAAGGUAGAAUAUAGAAUGGGUAAGAGAUGCUACCAUCCUUCCCUAGGUGGUAAACCAACUUCUUUGGUCCAGUCACCACUGAGGGAAGGUGGCUUGUUUGACCGAGAGUUGGUAGGAAGCAGUGUACUCUUAAAGGUGUUUUCUGGGCUUUGAUUCUUCCCUGAAGAUGCUGAGAUGUGAGAAAUCUGUUCCCUUCAUUUUUUCCUAGCUUAAACCAAUGAUAAUCUGCAAGUUGCAUGCAAGUAGCUUUAAAAGAAUGGUGCUUAUCAUAACCCAGGUGAUCAGCAUUUGUGUGAAGAAAGGGAAGUGAAUAAGAAUAUUCCCAAGAAUCUCCCUCCCCUUUUUUAAGUGGCUAGAAAUCAGGCCAUGUGCAGAUCAGUUGAAGGAACUUUGAAAUAGAAAAAGAAUGAGGGAGGAGGACAUCCCAGUUGGAAAACUAGGAAUGAGUAAAUUUUGCAAAAAAAAAGAAAAAAGACAGAUUUAGAUUUGAUGUAAGAAAAAACUUUAUAAUAGAGCUGUCCAAAAGUGGAAUGGACUGCCUGAGGAGGUAAUGAAUUCCCCGUCCCUAAAGAUCUUCAACCAAAGUCCUACACAGCUAGCUAGAUAUGUCAGGUAUGUGGAGGGGAUUCCUUUUCAAUUAUGGGAUGGACCAGAUUAACAUCCCGUGUUCUCUUAUUAUCCUAUAAUUCUAUGAUUUUGUCCCUAGUGGGUUAGGGCUCAGUUCUUUACUAGUCCCUCUAUGUGACCUCUGAUCCUGGAGGGUAAAUGUUGGACUGCAAACUGCUAAGCACACUUGUCUAUGCCUACAUACUUUUUUUGGGUUCUCCUUGAAAAACCCAGCGAGAUGUCCCCCUCUGACACUUUCCCAAGUUUGUUUUCUUCCCGGGUAAACAAAGGAGAGGCUACUUUUGUUCUUAAUCUGAUUUUGACAAGCAACUACAACACUUACUCUGGGUUUUGUCCUUCCUCCAGGGACUGACACUUAUACAGUGUUGCAGGUUUUAAAAACAAAUCUCUCCCAAGUUCUCAAGCUGCUGUUGUGUAGGUAACCAAGCUCCCUUAGGAGCAUCCCUCAGAGGGGAAGUCUGAUGUCUCUCUAGGAUUGAUCUGUGCAUUAAUACAUGCUUGAAUUUCUUAGCUAUGCCUUCUCAGAAGGUGCUGAGCUUUUCUCUCUCCUCAACAAAAGGGUCUGGAUUUAGGGGUAAGAGCUAGAUGAGCCUGGGGCCUGAUAACUGGCCUUUCCAGGCUUCCCAGGAGAAGCAGUAUGGUCUAGUGGAAAGAGGGCCACAUUGGAAUGGAAUUAACUUUGGAAUUCAGGCUUGCUUACCGUUGUGAGCCGAGUUAUUGAGGGCAUUUCCGUAUCUAAAUCCUUUGAAGUUCUCUGGGAGGGAAUUGAGAUUGUAUUGCACAGACUCUGGAUGAAUUUGGGAUCAGCAGGAAGAACAGCUAGACCAUCUGCAUCCGACCCUGUACUGUUGGUUAGAUCCUCACGCUCUCCUGCUUAGAGUUAGAGCAAUGGAAGUGGCUGAUCCUCCCCCUGCUGGGCAGUCUGCUUUAGCAGACUUCUUUCUGGAGGAGAGGGAGUGGCCUUAAAUCUGGAGAUUUGGUUGUUAGGUUAGUUUGGGUCUGAUUUAAAACCAAACUCCAGCUGUGGUAAAAGUGUAGGUAAUCAGCCAGGCUCCCUGAAGUACUGACUUGGCUAGGUAGGAACUAUGGGUUGUCACUGGAGCCCUGGGGAAGGAGGGGUGUGGAGAGACCAAUAGGACACCAGAGACUUUUAGUGUGCAGUGAGGUGUAUGUUUUCUGGCAGCGGAAUGAUUAUUACUCUCUAUCCCCUUCCCCCUCGGUGCCUCAGUUUCCUCAUCUGUAAAAUGGGGAUAAUAAUACUUGCACUACCUACCUCACAGGGUUGUUGUGGGGAAAGUGCUUUGUAAAGCUUAAAGCACUAUAGAAAUGUGAGUUAUUAUUCCUGCCCCCAUCCCUUCAAAAAAGUCCCCCAAUUUUAUUGUCCUUUAAUCUGCAACUCCUAAUUCUGUUAGAUCUGUUGGAAAGGAGGGAGGGGCUUUCAGUGGGGAUUAAUUGCUACUGGCACAGGGCUGUCUGAAGUCCAAGAGGAGGACAUAGACUGUCCAUUAACAGGUUGGCAAAGUGUGAUAAUUUAACAAAGGGGUACCCUUCUUUGCCUUCUCAUCCCCAUCAUGCUGCUGAUUUGUGAUUCAUAUAUGCUGGUGUGUGUGGUUUGUUUGUUUGUUUUUUAAAGAAAAUUUUAAUGGAUUGUGCUUUUAUUUUGUUUCUUUAGUUGGCAAUGAUUCUAGCCCAGAGAACCUUUAACUUUACCCAGGAAUUUUAGGUAGAUCUGCAGUGCUAAGUCAUACAGUCUCUGAAGAAGCUGGAAGAUCUACUGUCUCACCUACAGGCCUGAAUUCAUUUUUAAGUUCCUUUCCCAUCUAGAAUGAGGUUACCUUUGCUCUUUUCAUGAGAGCUUCUGCCUUCCCAGCCCCAAAGGGCAGUGUUGUAGUUCUUUCUGUAUUUAAGUCACUGAGGAGACCCCACCCAAGGCUCUCAAAUCCAAUGGGCCUUUUAACCAGGAAGUGGAUGUAAAAAGCUUGGAGUGAGGGAAAGGGGGAAGGCUAGCUGUUAAGACCCUGAGGGGUUUUGAGCUUAGAUAUUUCUAGGCUUAGAGACUGAAUAGUUUAUACAGAUAUGGGGUAGGAAGAAGUUUUUUUAAAAUAUGAAUGAAUCUGUGCAAUUGUGUGAUUGAAAUGACUAUUGGCGGCGUCUAGGAUUGUAUGGGUCUAGAUACACCUGGGAAUUCUGAAACUCAGUUGUGAGUAUUUUAUUUUAAAAAUUAGGUUGGGAUCUCCAGGCCUAAAACUAGAAUAUCUUGGGGUUAGUUCCACCCCACUCCUCGGUCGGUCGUUGCUAUUUUUUUUUUUUUUGUGCUUGGUUUUGAAGGGGAACGAGAAAGUGUAUCAAACAUUUUGUUGGUGCAAAUUUUUUUUUAACUCGAUAUUUUCAUCAUAAAUAAAUGGCACUUUACAUGA